AUGCUGGAGUGUGAGAGAGAGACGUUAGCCAGUGUGGGCGAGGGAGAAGGAAAGAGUGGCUGCCGUUUAUGGAUAGCAGAUGUGGUGCUGUGGGGUUUUGGCAAGGGCCGAGCACGCCUGAAUCCCGCACCGGCUGGGUGGCACCGGGUCCAUGAGACCUCCCGCCUUCCCUUCUCCCCCCCUCCUCCAGUCCAUGAGACCCCCCACCUUCCCUUCUCCCCUCCUCCUCCAGUCCAUGAGACCCCCCACCUUCCCUUCUCCCCCCCUCCUCCAGUCCAUGAGACCCCCACCUUCCCUUCUCCCCUCCUCCAGUCCAUGAGACCCCCCCACCUUCCCUUCUCCCCCUCCUCCAUCCAUGAGACCCCCCGCCUUCCCUUCUCCCCUCCUCCAGUCCAUGAGACCCCCCACCUUCCCUUCUCCCCCCCUCCUCCAGUCCAUGAGACCCCCCACCUUCCCUUCUCCCCUCCUCCAGUCCAUGAGACCCCCCACCUUCCCUUCUCCCCCCCUCCUCCAGUCCAUGAGACCCCCCACCUUCCCUUCUCCCCUCCUCCAGUCCAUGAGACCCCCCACCUUCCCUUCUCCCCUCCUCCUCCAGUCCAUGAGACCCCCCACCUUCCCUUCUCCCCCCCUCCUCCAGUCCAUGAGACCCCCCGCCUUCCCUUCUCCCCUCAUGAGACCCCCCGCCUUCCCUUCUCCCCUCCUCCUCCAGUCCAUGAGACCCCCCACCUUCCCUUCUCCCCUCCUCCAGUCCAUGAGACCCCCCGCCUUCCCUUCUCCCCUCCUCCAGUCCAUGAAACCCCCCACCUUCCCUUCUCCCCCCCUCCUCCAGUCCAUGAGACCCCCCGCCUUCCCUUCUCCCCUCCUCCAGUCCAUGAGACCCCCCGCCUUCCCUUCUCCCCUCCUCCUCCAGUCCAUGAGACCCCCCGCCUUCCCUUCUCCCCUCCUCCAGUCCAUGAGACCCCCCACCUUCCCUUCUCCCCCCUCCAGUCCAUGAGACCCCCCCACCUUCCCUUCUCCCCCCCUCCUCCAGUCCAUGAGACCCCCCACCUUCCCUUCUCACCCCCCCUCCUCCAGUCCAUGAGACCCCCCACCUUCCCUUCUCCCCCCCUCCUCCAGUCCAUGAGACCCCCCACCUUCCCUUCUCCCCCCUCCUCCAUCCAUGAGACCCCCCGCCUUCCCUUCUCCCCUCCUCCUCCAGUCCAUGAGACCCCCCACCUUCCCUUCUCCCCUCCUCCUCCAGUCCAUGAGACCCCCCGCCUUCCCUUCUCCCCUCCUCCAGUCCAUGAGACCCCCCGCCUUCCCUUCUCCCCUCCUCCUCCAGUCCAUGAGACCCCCGCCUUCCCUUCUCCCCUCCUCCAGUCCAUGAGACCCCCCACCUUCCCUUCUCCCCUCCUCCAGUCCAUGAGACCCCCCGCCUUCCCUUCUCCCCUCCUCCAGUCCAUGAAACCCCCCACCUUCCCUUCUCCCCCCCUCCUCCAGUCCAUGAGACCCCCCGCCUUCCCUUCUCCCCUCCUCCAGUCCAUGAAACCCCCCCACCUUCCCUUCUCCCCUCCUCCAGUCCAUGAGACCCCCCACCUUCCCUUCUCCCCUCCUCCUCCAGUCCAUGAGACCCCCCGCCUUCCCUUCUCCCCUCCUCCUCCAGUCCAUGAGACCCCCCGCCUUCCCUUCUCCCCCUCCUCCAUCCAUGAGACCCCCCGCCUUCCCUUCUCCCCUCCUCCUCCAGUCCAUGAGACCCCCCGCCUUCCCUUCUCCCCUCCUCCUCCAGUCCAUGAGACCCCCGCCUUCCCUUCUCCCCUCCUCCUCCAGUCCAUGAGACCCCCCGCCUUCCCUUCUCCCCUCCUCCAGUCCAUGAGACCCCCCUCCUUCCCUUCUCCCCUCCUCCUCCAGUCCAUGAGACCCCCCGCCUUCCCUUCUCCCCUCCUCCUCCAGUCCAUGAGACCCCCCCGCCUUCCCUUCUCCAGUCCAUGA